AAACAGUAAUAAAGAAAGAUGCAUGUUGGUCAUCACUCGCCGGGCUGAGCAGAACAUUAAUAAUAUAAUAUUAUCCAUGCAGCAGACGUCCCCGCCGGGUGUCGGCGAGGGCAAGGCGCCGCGUGCAGCGCCGCGGCGGAGCUUCAAGCCGCGGCGCGAGACUAGCCAGGGAGUGGCCUGAAGCGGCACCAGAUAGGCGGUGAUCGAUCAUUUAUGCAAUGCUCCUACAGGACAUAAAAUCAUUUAAUAAAUUAAUUUGUAGUAAUAGUUAUGAAGAUAAAUUAUCUGUAGUAUUUCCUUUGCCGCUCUGUUGUGGUUGUUGCUUCUGAGAGCAGUUUGUUGUAUCUUGAUCUGUAAGAAUCGCAAAACUAUACAGGACCUGCAUCAGAAUCUGUUUUUAGGUGUUGAUCAAAGAAAAGAAGCCGUCUUAAUAUAUUUCUAUGAUGGGGAACAAGAACUAAUCGCUGCUUGUAUACCGCUGUACAGCUGAGAGACACGUCUGUGCCGCAAACUCCUCCAGCACUUCUUGCACAGUCCGUCGCGGCGCUAAGAUGCCCGCCGGCCGCCCAGUCUACGGACCUGAGUCACUGGUGAGGGCGAGAAAAGCCGAGGCGAUGACAGGAGCCGCGGCGCCGCCUGCCAAGACCACGCGAGCCCCGGACUGUCGCUCAGCUCCUCGCCUUCAGCCCUCCCGCCGCUACACUCCAAGGAGGAGCCAGAGGAGCGGAUGGGUGAAGUGAGCAGGUGGCUGGUGCGAUUUCAGAAGGGGAUCUUGGAGGGCUGGACGGAGGGUGAUGAUGGGAGGGAGGAAAGGAGGGUGGGUGAAGAAGGGGAAGAUUGAGGGGAGGGGAGGGAGCACUGAGUGUCCCACAACCUGCACGUCUGGUCACCGCCGCGCCUAGCUGCCUGUCUACGUGCCUCACCCACCUUCCUCACCCUUUGUUACACUCCCUCGUCGCCCCUCCGUGCAUUGUGGGAUAACCCCGUGUUCCCUACCGUUGCGUUGCUGCCGCCACCCAUCUCAGCGUGUCCAAGACGCUGCGGCGGGGACCACAAGCGCGUUACAUUUCCUAGGAGCUUUAUUCACUGACUUGGCGAUAUUGUUGAAGGCGGAUAUUUUUUUUUCGGGGGCAUAUGUUGAUGGACUAAUUUCCGCCGUAUUGAGUGGGGGGCGGCGGAGGCGCUCUUGAGGCUCCUGCCGCCGCCGCUGGAAGGGAGCAUCACCUGGGGAGGCCACGUGCGGGCCUUGUUUAUCUCUCAGUAAGCCGCGGUGCCCACACACUGGCCGCUGCCACUCCUCCUCACGGCAGGACUCAAGAUGCGAUUCAGCCUCCCGCGGCAAGCAGUGUCUUUCUUGGCCGCCCCGUAGGUGUGUUGUCUUGACAGACAUGUUAGUCUGCGGGCGUAGGGAACCGACGUCAGGUUAGCUCUUUCCACAACUCUCUUUAUAAGGUCAGUUUGUUUUCACCUCCCCGUGCCAACUAGCACCGCUAGGACUCCUUACAUGAUUGUUCCAUAAGGCAAGUGUUCAGAAUUUUCAUGCGAGCUUUUAAAACUUAUUUAGUCUCCUUGCGAAAGCACUUGUGAUUCGUUCUCCAUCAUGCCUAUUACAACAGCAAUAUAUUAGACACAUUUGUAUUUCCUACUAAUAACACUAAAGGCACAUUUUGAUGCUUCAGUUAUGUCGUCCGACAUUUGCGAGGAAACUUAAGAAAGACCGAUGAACUGCACUAAAUGCCAACUUAAGGGGUCAAGAUUCCUUACUUACGAACGGAUGUUCUUCACGGGCAAAGGCGUGAAUAGUGAAGACUAAGAAUAUCCAUUGUGGCUGCCUCAGAAGGAUCCCGCCGUUGUUUGAGCGCCGCCCAAGUGCUAAGAUUGUGUGUCUUACUGAUUCCUUUGAUAAGUGUAAUGCUUUCUAGCAGCUGUAUUAGAAGAGAAUAUAUGGAAUAGUAACGAUAAACGCCAUGUUAGACGGCCCCCACGCAGAGGUGCACCGUCGCCGCUUAGGCCAGGCGAGCGGAGGGGAGCGCCGGCAGGAGGAUGUCUUCAACACCCGAGCCUCCUCCCUCCCUCCCGCCUGAGCCGCCCGGCCGGGCAGGGUAAGGCGGAGAGCGAAGGAAGGGUUGGCAGCCCUGGCUGAAGCAACAGUUGCAGCGGGAGGCGGGGGAAAAGGGGAGGUAAGCGGGGCGGAGUCAGGGAGAUGGGGUGGUUGGGUGAGUGGGCGGAGCCGAAACUGCGGGGGUGAUGGGCGGAGAAUCGGGGGUUGCGGGAGGGGAAAGUGGGGGGAAAGAGCGUGGUGGGGGAGGAGGAGUUGGAUGCCAGAUGCACGAUGCUACGAGAAAGAUUACGCGAGUUUUUGACUUGGGGGAGUUUUAACUGCACUUUCGAUGACUCUGAUGGAAUAUUAUUAUGGAACUGUGGGGUGCAAUUUCUUGAUGGGAGAAACUCGCAGUUUCUGAAGUUGUUGCUUUGGAAGUUAGAUUGUAUAAAUUUGUGUUGCAUUGCUACGUUUCGUUCUUUUUUAUACAUUCGACGUUUAAUUUUGAGAGGUAAAAAAGACCUUGAGCUGAAUUUGUCUAUUUUCUUAAUUUUGUCUUGAAAGUGAGGGUGCGGCCUGAGGAGGUGAGAGGUGCUGUGUAGGGUGUGUUGGGUCGCCACCACAGGCCACAAACCAGCAACCAUAUGGUAAACUGCGCAAGUCCACCACCACCACCUAUGCCAAGCGGGUUUCAUUCACAGGUAGAGAGAGCGUACUUCACACCCCAUGACGCCUCCAUGCCGCCCGUACGCCCAUAUCCCGCCGCUCCCGGUCUAUACUGUCACACCCGGCCAGCCUUGGGGACUCGGCCACCACGCGCCAGCCGCCUCGCCUUCCUCCUCGCUCGCCACCCUCCUUGCUCUACAAUCUUAACACACCCUCCGCGCUGCUAACUGCUGUACAAUGCAACUUAACAGAUACUCCCUGAGCAGAACAGAUUCGGAGCAUGACUGCGAGGGCCGCAGUGGUAAGGGUGGCUCCUGUAAGGCCUGGGGAAUCUGCUGAGGAGACUUCUCGGCCCUCCUUGGAGUGUGUGGUGCGAGCGAGGCUGGCAAUGCAGUCGGCGGCAGCCACACUGAUAAGCGCCAGAGCCCCCAGUGAACCCAUUGCACCCAGCGAGAAGACCCACCUAGCUUAUCCAUACUGCAGUCAUUGCAACUUUGUCAUGAAUUAAACAAAAGUUGAUUGAUGUUGACUGGUUUGAGGUCGAAUGGAGGUCUUGGUGGCUGAUUGGAUGAGGCGAAUGAUGGGGCAGAAUUGGGCAAGGGAGACGUUGGGCGGGCAGCAAGCAGAGAGUGACUGGGGCAGCGAGGAGACCUGGUAGGUGCUGCCCCACAUCACUGCGGCGAGGGGCAUGCACCCGGGUAUACACUUUUCACAUACACUCGUCGUGUUUCAGACGCUUGCAUCCAGGAUGAGGGAUUGUGGGGACGGGACGCCUGCCCUGACCAGGGUUAUCCUUCGGGGUUCUUCACCCUGGUAACUACUGACCACGGCUUAGCUGGCCCGUCAGUCUGGGCAACACACAAUCCCGUUUCUAGCUCUUUAUACACCCUCAGCCGUGGUCCGUGAUCACUACUGACAAUUAGGUAACAGUUUCUUUUAAAAAUCAUGAGUAUUUAUCACGGUACGAGUCUCAAAAACGUCAGGCCACGAGGUAUUUUUGCUGCAGGCGCCGUGUCUGCCGCACUGCUCGCGGUGCUUGUGUGAUCAUUGUGUUGUGCUUGUGAACUUCUCGUGCCAGAUCGUGUCUUGGGGCCUUUGUAAGCCCCCACCGCCAGCCGCAGUGGCGUGUUGAGUGCCCGGGCAGUAGGUGAGUGUGUCGGGGUUGAAGUACCCAGGACUGAAACUGAGUGUACACUACCUCUCCUGAUCCCCCACACCACUUUUGCCUCGUCUUGAAAGCGCACUUUCAUUGUGAAAAGUAUUCUGAGACAAAGUGAACACACCUGUUCAUGGUAUUAAGCUUGACUGCCAAAACUUCGUCCGUAAGUUCCUGACACUGGCGCACCGAGAGCCAGUGGUGACGCCCUGCGUGUGGUGGACGCGGAGUAAUGAUGCAACACUAGACGCGUGCAGCCCAAACCACUGUCCUGCUGCCCACCACACCGCUCCCCGCCCAGCCCCUCAGCUGUCUUGGGUCCUCUCUUCCUGCUGCUUCUUUUACUUCCCUUACCUGCUCCUUACGCAACUGCACGCCCCUUUGAACACAUACAACAGUUUCCUUGUAUGAGUAACAAUACUACCCAAGUUUUUUCAUUGUGUUUUACCACCAUCAAUACCCUUUCCCCUACCUUCCCCCUCCUCUCUCUCAACACCACCAUCACCUCCUCCACGUCCAGCACCACCACGGCCACUACAACCAUCACCAUCGAAACCACUCCCUCCUUCACAGCCUCAUAAGCCAGUCAGCCUUGUAUACAUCUUUAGGUUUUGAGUAAACGCUUGUCCAUUUUACAUACAAUCCACAUACUGAUUGACACCGCUUCAGGCUCCCUCGGUGCUUAUUCUCAGCAUAUUCUAACAACCUCUCCACUUCUGAGUUAUCUCUAUCUAUUAUCUCUCCCCUGCUGCUCUCCACCCAACGAUCCCUUCUACUCAUUCAAAGUCAAUCGCUCAAAGUCACUCGCUCACUUUCGCCCAUCGCCCGUCGAAGAGAGAAUGGAUUACCCAAACGGGCGUAUAAGUGGGCACCACGGCCAUCCACCCUCACACCACAUGCCCGCCCCCGCCCCCGUCCCCGCCCACGCCCACGCCCCUGCCCACGCCCACCACCACCAUCACCACUACUCGAGCCACCUGCCUGACCUUCUUAGAUUCCACCAACCUCCACCGCCCAUGCUGUACCGCACGGUGGAGAAGAUGUGGGGAGGUGGAGGCCCUGGAGGAGGUGGUGGUGGAGGUGGAGGUGGAGGGCUGCCUGCAGUAGGAGGCCCUCCAAUCGUUGGUGAAGGUCACACUCCCUCUGCACACACACAAGAAGGCCAGGAUGUCAAGAUGACCUCCGCCUCGCCACCGCCCACAUCAGUGGCAACGUCACUCCCUUCUAUAUCAGCAUCGUCCACGCCACCCGCACCGCCCACGCCCAUGGACACCUCGCACCUACCGGCCAUGCUCUCCCAGCUCUCCCAGGGGCUGAGUGCCGCCGCUGCCAGCAUGCAAAGGGACUCGCCCCCGCCCACCACUAACCACCACACCCCCACCUCCAGCGCCCACCUGCCGGCUCCACCCUCGCCGACGCCCCUGGAUUCCUCUUCCUCAUCCCAGGACGUUAUGAAGAUGUUCUCAAGAAUCAUCAAGAGCGCGGCGGCACAUCAAAGAGUUACGGAAACCAGCGAAAGCGAGGCAGCCGCAGGAGGGAGCGACACCCCCCACAACGGCCCGUCGAUGCCCCCUGGACUGGGUCCGGCUGUUGCAGCAGCCGCUGCCGCCGCUGCUGCCGGGGGAGUAGGCGCCCACACCUUUCUGCAACAAACUAUGUCACAGCUUCUGCGACCCUCCUCCGCACGCCCCGACCUUGUGCCCUCCCCGCCUUCACACCUCGGCCACGGGUCAGAGACUCCGCGGCCCCCCUACUGGGGCGCCCCACAUGACCUGCGCCCCGAUGCUGACCGCCAGGACACCCACUCGCCCCCCACGAGUGACCCCACGAAGAUGGCGUUGGAGAAAGUGGACAGCAUUAGUGGGUCCUCCUCAGGAUUCCCCACCAAGUCCCCGCCGCCCCUGAAUCAGUUCAACGUGCCCGCCGAGCUCUUCCAGGUAAGCUACGGCAAAAACUUGUGUUCCAUCUCCCUUCUUGGCUCUCUCUUCUCUCUGUCGUACCUCCUCCGCCGGCUACCAGGUGGUCUUGCGGCGAGGUGGUGGCGCGACGCCCUGGCAGAAAGGAGACACGGAGGCAAGUUGUGGGUGUUAUCACCUUGGCCGAGUUAGGACCACUGAGGCCAUGGUAGCCGGAGGGAGGGAGGAAGCUGAGGCAGUAAGAUGUCAAAGUCAUUUCAUAAGAUCCUAGCGACAUUAUCUUUUUAAACGAUGGGCGUUGCCGAUGUUCUUUUGUUUCAUUGUUACUGCUGUUUAUUGCCGCCUCAUAAGUGGUAGCAUUAAGUCCUCUGGUAUAUCUUACUGCUCUCAGCCCGUGUUCAUUUCUCACUUUUUCUCCAGUAGUGAUAGAAAUCUUAUUAGUCUUCCUGGUAUUAUUACUAUUAUUAUAUGCCAUGUACUAUUUUUAUAUCUUAAUGUUAUAGUGUAAUAUUAACGUUAAUAAUGUCGAUUCUUUCUAAGACGAGUUUAAGAUCAUAAUAUUGUCAGUCAUGAAUACAAAUGAAGCUCAUAAUACUUGCAUAUUGUUCCUUUUUACUAUAGUUACUCUUAAUAUAUUGAUGUCAGUACGUUAGGCCUGUCCCUGACGACUUGUGACUCUCCCUGCUGCAAGACAACCCUUCUUUUGACCAUCAUCUUGACACUUUUUCUGUUUAACGACAUUCUACAUUACUGUGACUUCGAAAUUUCUGCACAAGACGACUGACUCUCAUUUCGACGCUAAUGUUCGCACACCGGAGUAUUAGCGGCUCGGGAUGUGCUGCUGCUGACGGUCUACACAUGCAAACAUAUACAGCAUCGCUCGCGCUCGGAUUUAGCCACGGUUCUCCUCGGCGAGUGACCAAUUACCGCCCUAAACCCACCGGGCGAGGACGCAAAAACACUGAAGUGGUGUAUAAUGUGUCUAAUUUUUCUCUCGUGUCAAGUGCCUUAAAUAACGGUGUUCCUCAGCGCGCGUUCCCCGAUCCGUGUGUUGGUUUUCUCGGCGCCUCGCAGUGCGUUCGUUGCUGCGGGAUUCUGGUUCUUUUUCUCCCAUCUUUGUGUGUACACGUUAUCCCUGAUCCUCAUAUUGUUUCGUGAUCCUCUGCUUUGUGCUGUGAGGAAGUGGUUCUUUUGGUACCUCUUCAGUCCCAUUGAUGAUGUUUCCUGGAACGUUAUGUAUCCUGGGAACGUUUUUUUGCUUUUGUUGCUUCAGAAACGAUCAACUGAGGAAAAGAUAUUUAUGUGAUCCAUUUUUUUUUUCUUUUUAAGUCGGACGAUGAUGGUAAUGAAGAGAGUUGGUAAUGAUACAGCACUUGUUGGGAUAUAAUUUAGUAAAAGUUCCAGAUUAUUUAACUGAAAAGUACACUUAUUGUUAACUGUUCAUCGAAAGAAAGUUAUGAAGGGCGUCUUAUUAUAUAUACCGUGUCCUAAUAUUCACCUUGGAAGACAUCCUUGAACUAAAAGUAUUGAUUCUUGGGGUCAUUUUCUAUUCCCAUGUAAAAAAAAAAAACAUGAAUAUCUUCCCUACCAGAGACGCCUAAAUACUGCAACUUCGCCUAUGGAUUUUUUUACCUGUAUAUUUUUUUUCCGUGGAAGUUGACCUUACACAACGAAAAAAGAAUAAUGUUUACAGAAAAGCACGUAGUAGGCUCAAUUGACCAAGAAGACCCUCUCGGCCGGAAGGACGGACCAAAUUGGCUGGUCAGCUAAUCAAAAGAGAGUUAAAGGGGAAAAAAGAAGCUUGUCAUUGGAGGGUCAUAGGGCUAUAGAGAUGAGAGGCCACGGGAGGCUGAAGGCGACUACUGGGGG